AUGGCUGGCUUCCUCCGUAGCAAGCAGACAGGCAUGCAGAAAGACCUGUCUGCCAGCAUCGCUUCCACAGAUUUCAACCCAGACGACCUAGCUCGAUAUGGAAUUAAUUCUCAGAUCAGCUGCCUUGCCUAUGACCCUGUACAAUCGCUUUUAGCGACCCUCGAACCCGCCAAACCCACGUCCUUUCGGUCGCUACAUUUUACCGGCAACAAACUGGUGAGCCUCGACAGCCGAAACGAUCUCACGAUAUGGGACCUGGAUUCGGCGAAGCGGACCGGCGGCGGAAUGGUGCCCGGUGGCGCGGUGUGCAUCACCACGGACCCCAUGCUCGACUGGGCCAUGCUGGCCCUGACUAGCGGCGAGAUACUAGCAUUCGACCUAGACAGGGAGAGAGUUGCUAAGGGAUUCCGGCUGCCAAAUUUUUGGAAGGAAAAGGACCCCCAUGCGAGGCAGGUCCAGAUCGUCGACGUUUCCUUCCACCCCAAGGAUAUUGGCAAGCUUUUGAUCUCGUACACCCACGGUGCCGUCAUUUACUCGAUCAAGCAAGCGCAGGCGCAGCACUUUUUCGAGUAUAAGCUACCCCCGGCGCUCCCGGCGGAAAGGCGUUCGCGCCUGGUCUUCUGGGACACCAAAGAGGGCAAGCUACUGAUGGCGAGGACGUUGAUGGAUAUGAGGGUCGAUCAACCGUCGAGGCACCAAGUAGCGCCUAGAAUGGUUACCCCUUUUACUAAAAUUUCGUGGUGCUGCAAAGAGAACGCCGACGAUACCGGCCUCUUGAUUGCGGGCGGACAGGCUCCCGAGGAUCCUUCUCAAGGCCUAACAUUUAUCGAGCUGGGCCCUACUCCCAUAUAUGCGACUUCGUCGUGGCAGAUCCUUUCCGAACACUUUGCCGGGAAGAGGCAGAUUUGCCUGCCGCUGCCGCCUGGUGUACAGGUCGACGACUACCAGCUCAUCCCCGCUCCUCGCCCCAUCUUGGUGGAGCACAUGAUCCUAUCGCCGUCAUCUCGCUCCUGA